UCCGAGCCCGCUGUCGCUCCGGUUACCUUCACGCGCAGGUGCGAUGAAAAUUUGAUGCGUGUCACUGAAGACAGCGGCGUUCAACCGCAACACUGCGGGUGUGUUAGUGUUUAUUACCGGGAUUAUCGGAGUGUGUGUGUGUGUGUGUAGUAUAGUGUAGUAUAGUGUAGUGUGUGUGUGUGCGGCGGGGGGGAGUGAGGAUGAGAGGAAAGAGCGAAUAAAAAACGCGUCUGAACACCAAAAAACCGCCUCGAUGGAGAAGUUUACGGUCCCGACGGCGCGCGCGAGAGUUUCGGGUUACCGCACAGCGAUUCUGCGUGGUGCUGCGCGCGCGCGUGUUGUGUGCGCGUGUGUGUGCGAGUGUGCGUGUGCGUGCGUGAGUGUCAUCUCGCUGGAUUUGUUGCACCUGUAAUGGAGUUGGAUUUGGAGCUACUGAAAGGAUAAAACGUCAAUCAUUUAUUCCGGUUCAUAAACGCUGUAGGAGAUACAGGAACUUCCAGAAGCUUUCACAGACGUCAAAAGGAGGACUUUAAGUAUAUCUGUUGGUCAUGAAUCAGAUGGAGGAAUAGAGGACACACUCGGCACAAUCCAGCUCCAUCCCACACUGCGUUUAAAGGCAAAGCAGGUAAAUGCCGUGGCCGGCGGAUGUGUGUGAGCAGCGGGUGGUCUCCAGACGUUCAGGCUAACCCACCAUGCCAUCGUCCACGCGGAAAGGAGCGCUGAAAGACCCCGACCUCUUCUUCAAAGAUGACCCGGAGGAGGUCUUCUGCGACCUCCACGAGAUCGGCCAUGGGAGCUUCGGCGCUGUUUACUUUGCCCGAAACUCCUAUACCAGCGAGGUGGUGGCCAUUAAGAAGAUGUCUUAUAAUGGCAAACAGACCACAGAGAAGUGGCAGGACAUCAUUAAGGAGGUCACGUUUCUGAAACAGCUGAGACACCCAAACACCAUCGAGUACAAAGGCUGCUACCUGAAAGACAACACUGCCUGGCUGGUCAUGGAGUACUGUUUAGGCUCAGCCUCUGAUUUGUUAGAGGUUCAUAAGAAACCACUGCAGGAGGUUGAAAUCGCUGCCAUCACCCAUGAUGCCUUGCUGGGACUGGCUUACCUGCAUUCCCAUAACAUGAUCCACAGAGAUGUUAAAGCAGGAAACAUCCUACUGACUGAGCCCGGUCAGGUGAAACUGGCUGAUUUUGGCUCCGCCUCCAUGAGCUCUCCAGCCAACUCAUUUGUGGGAACGCCGUACUGGAUGGCUCCUGAGGUGAUUUUAGCCAUGGACGAAGGCCAGUAUGAAGGCCGGGUGGACAUCUGGUCUCUGGGGAUCACCUGUAUUGAGCUAGCCGAGCGCAAACCUCCUCUGUUCAACAUGAAUGCUAUGAGUGCCUUAUAUCACAUUGCUCAGAACGAUUCGCCCACGCUGCAGUCCAAUGACUGGACGGAUGCGUUCAGGAGCUUCGUGGAUUACUGCCUACAAAAAAUACCUCAGGACAGACCCUCUUCAGCUGAACUCCUGCGACAUGACUUUGUGCGUCGUGAUCGGCCUUCGCGGGUCCUCGUGGACCUGAUCCAGAGGACGAAGGAUGCCGUGCGGGAGCUGGACAACCUGCAGUACCGCAAGAUGAAGAAGAUCCUCUACCAGGAGAAACACAACAGUCCAAUGGGAGAGUCCCAGGAGGAGGAGGAGGAUGGAGAUCAGGGCUGUAAGGGGAACAGUGUUGGCAGUAAUCACUCAGUGCCCAGCACCUCCAUCAGUACAGGCAGUCAGAGCAGCAGCAUCAACAGCCUACAGGAGUGUAACGACGACCCCUGCUCUGAAAUGGCACUACCACACCACGAGUACGACAGCACGCUCGAGUCUUCCACACACCACAAAAAGGAUCAUCAGUAUAUCCGUGAUGAAGGUGGUCAUCGCUCUGACUUUCGACCUACGCCGUCAGAUCGUGCUCAGGCUCAUAAUUAUAAAAACCGUGAACGAUUCGCUACCAUCAAGUCCGCCUCGCUGGUGACGCGUCAGAUCCACGAACAUGAGCAGGAGAACGAGCUGCGUGAGCAGAUGUCCGGCUACAAGCGCAUGCGACGGCAGCACCAGAAGCAGCUGAUCGCUCUGGAGAACAAGCUGAAGGCCGAGAUGGACGAACACAGGCUGAAGCUGCAGAAGGAGGUGGAGACGCAGGCCAACAACGCCUACAUCGAACUGGAGAAACUCGCCAAGAAGCAUGCAAUCCAAACAGAUAAAGAGAUGAAGACGAUGGCAGCAGACGAGAAGAAGUUCCAGCAGCAGAUUUUGGCUCAGCAGAAGAAGGAGCUCACCACCUUCCUGGACAACCAGAAGAAACAGUACAAACUGUGCAAGGAGAAAAUUAAAGAGGAGAUGAACGAGGACCACAGCACUCCAAAGAAGGAGAAGCAGGAGCGUUUGUCGAAGCAUAAGGAGAACAUGCAGCAUUCACAGGCAGAGGAGGAAGCGCAGCUUCUUGGCCAGCAGCGCCUGUAUUACGAUCGCAACUGCAGGGCCUUCAAACGCAAAUUCAUGACCAAGAGACACGAGUUCGAGCAGGAGCAGCUACGAGAGGAGUUGAAUAAGAAGAAGACGCAGAAGGAGAUGGAGCACGCCAUGCUGAUCAGACACGACGAGUCGACUCAGGAGCUGGAGCACCGGCAGCUGAAAACGUUGCAGAAGCUGCGCAUGGAUCUGAUCCGCCUGCAGCACCAAACCGAGCUGGAGAACCAGAUUGAGUACAAUAACCGCAGAGAGAGAGAACUGCACCGCAAACACGUCCUUGAGCUCCGGCAGCAGCCCAAAAACCUCAAGGUGAUGGAGCUGCAGAUAAAGAAGCAGUUUCAGGACACGUGUAAAGUGCAGACGAAGCAGUACAAAGCGCUGCGGCACCACCAGCUCGAGGUGACGCCGAAAAACGAGCACAAAAUGGUGCUCAAGGCCCUGAAGGACGAUCAGACGCGCAAACUCGCCAUCCUGGCUGAGCAAUACGAGCAGAGCAUCAACGAGAUGAUGGCUUCGCAGGCGCUGCGUCUGGACGAGGCUCAGGAGGCCGAGUGUCAGGCUCUGAGGCAGCAGCUGCAGCAGGAGAUGGAGCUCCUCAACGCCUACCAGAGCAAAAUCAAAAUGCAGACGGAGGCACAGCACGAGCGCGAGCAGCACAAACUCGAGCAGAAAGUCUCACUGCGCAGAGCUCAUCUCGAACAAAAGAUCGAAGAGGAGCUGGCUUCUCUUCAGAAGGAGCGCACAGACCGAAUCAAAUACCUGCUGGAGCGGCAGGAGCGCGAAGUGGACGCCUUCGACAUGGAGAGCCUGCGCAUGGGCUUCAGCAACCUGGGAGCUGUAGAUUACCCUAAAGACGAUUACAGAUGAGACACACGACCCUCUCUGCCUUUUAAAAAGAAGCAAAAAAAAAAAAAAAAAGUCCUCCACUCUUUUAAAAGACACGUGCAGUUUUUGCUACUGACAAACCCUCCACGUCACAACAUUACGACAUGCUGGAUAACUCCCUCAGUCAUCGGUGUUUAAUAUUAUAUAUCUAUAAAUAUAAAUAUAUAUAUAAGUAUUAUCCAUAAUAUAAUGAAACAGUUGCAGUGUUGAUGUCAGUGAUCUUUCUCGUGCAAUGAUAACACUUGAUGUAAUUGAUGAAAUAGAGAUUUAGAGGAAGGACAGCAAUACGCACGUGUGACAUGUGGUGGGGGGUAGUAUUGCUACUGUUAAUGUCCACACACACACACACACACACACACACACACACACGUUUUUAGUGAUAUUUUCCACAAGAUUUUUAGAUUUUAGGCGUAUCGCUGCUGAGUCUCGCCGUUUUUUGGUAUUUAUUCAUCAGACUGAAAUGAUUCACACCUUUUGAACAAAUUUGAUAAGAAAAUUUACUUACGAACUUGAUGUACAUAAACUGAACAGCUGCCUCUGAUUCGUAAUUUCAAAUAAUCAGGGUUUCUUCAUGAGGAACCCACUUCAGUCCUGCGUGAUCAACGAUCAAACCUCAGCACGAGGUCAGCAAUGUGAAUUACACACACACACACACACACACACACGUCAAUCUGAAUCCUGCUGGCACAAAGGGCUCUAAGCGAAAAGUGGGCGUCCAUUUUGUGUGUCAACUUUUAUGUAGUUUCUUAAUUCCUCUAGUUUUUUUUUUUUUUUUUAAUAAUGGUGACCACUUCGUCCACCGUCUUUUGGCCUAUAACCGAGGACGACCUCUGACAUUUUGUUUUUUCAUCAUUUUUGCUUUCUAGAGCCGUUUAUUUUAUUUUUUAAUGAGAAUCAAGAAUCCUGUGAAUAGAAACCUUGCUUUACUGUUUGCAUGCACUUUAAAUUUGUUUUCAGGUCCAAGAGAAGCAUGAUUUCUGUCCCAAAUGCUUUUAAUUAUAUUUGUAAAUAAAACGCUCAACACAU